AUGUUUUCUUCUUAUAAGUAUCUAUUUGUUUUCUUAGCUGAUGUUCCCAUCUGUAAUGCUGCACAGUUACGUUGUAUCGGAAGAAUACGAUUGGAAUUACUUAAUGUUAAAACAACUUCUUGUAAUUGCCUGAUCAAUUGCAACAAAGUCUCCUAUUUAUUGGAGGAAACUAAAUUAACAAGAUUCAAAGAAAUAUCUCCCAUGAAUACCACAAGCUUCAAAAUGACGAUCAGUUUUUCGAAAAACAAACUUAAACGUAAGGAAUGGUACACUUUUGGAGAUUUUCUAGCAUCUAUUGGUGGAGCUGCUGGUUUAUUCCUCGGAUGCAGUGCAUUAUCCUUCGUUGAAAUAUUAUAUUAUGGGACUUUACAUUUGUACAUUUAUAUGCGAUACCAUAAACCAAACAAAAUGUAAGCUAAGAAUUGA